CUCUGAAGCAAAGCUGCCUCUUGGGGCACAAUAACUGACUCCCACGCAACGGGCACAACCCACACAAGGCAUAGUGAUUUAUGAGUCUGGCCCCAGUAUGCCCGGUGACUCAGACGGCCUGAUGACCUAGUUGGUUGCGAGCUUGAUUGACAGUGGUUUGCGCAGCUACUAACCACACAACUCUUCCUUUACUCGUCAUGUCAGACAAACCAGAGACAGACAUACCCUCACUCGAUCCCAACAUUUACGAUGCAAUACUGGAUUCCGAGAUACUUUCGUUCAUGAAGUCAUUGACUGGUAUUCAGGACGAUGAUGAACUUAAAGCACACGUACUAAACAUUCAGAAGAAGGCUUACGCUGUAUACCCUUAUCCAUGCAUAGGUUUCUUGCAUUUUAUGAACCGAAAGAUAUCUUCCCAUGAGUCAUACCAACAAGUCCUUAAGCUCGAACGGGACCGUGAAGGUGCAUUGCUUUUGGAGAUCGGCUGCUGUCUUGGGAUGGAGAUGAGGAGAGCUGCUGCAGAUGGUUUCCCUGCGAAGCAAAUCAUCGCUUCAGAUUUACAUUCAGAAUUUUGGGAGUUUGGCCAUGCCCUUUUUCGAACCACACCUCAGUCGUUCCCAGCUACCUUCGUCGCAGGGGAUGCACUCGAUCCUGAUUUUCUCUCACCACUUCCAGGAAAUUUUGAGUCUCGGGCGUCCCUAGAUUUAUCGACCUUGAUGACACUGAACCAACUGAAAGGCAAGGUAUCAGCAAUUUAUGCGAGAUCACUUUUCCAUCUUUUCAAUGAAGACCAACAACGCCAACUAGCCCACUCACUGGGCAGUCUUCUGUCUACCCAGCCUGGGAGUGUCAUUUUUGGCUCUCACAUGGGAAAUGUAGAGAAGGGCAUUAUUAAACACGAACCGAUUGCUGGGCAGGAUUGUACGUUUUUCCAUAGUCCAGAAAGUUGGAAAGAAUUGUGGUGUGAAACAUCGCCUGGGGACUAUCAGAGUAAUAGUCAAGGCAAGCUGACUGACCCAGUUUUCCGAUUCGGGGAAGUUAACGUCGAGGCAAGUUUCCAAUUCGUCAGGACGGCAUCGGGUAUGGAAGGGUUCCGGAUGGAUUGGAGCAUAACCAGGCUGUAGAGAGAUAUGGUACGCAUCUGGUAGUGGGCCGCUCGACGUCCUUCCGUAUGUACUGUAUUUUAUGAUAACUAAGCUCCAGACUCGACACCAAUUAAU